GGAUAACAUGCUGCAGAUCGACUGGACGAAAUCAAGUCGCAGUAGUGUUGUUUAGACGUUUGCAAGGAUAUAUAGAAAAGCUGCUUAAUGGGAGCUUGUGUGGUAAAAGGUCAAGAAGUGGGAGUGCACUACGAAACAGUCGAAGUGACGAACAGCGUGGUAGGAAAAUUCAUAAAAUGUGUACCAUCCUACAGGUAUAGAGGAUACCCUCGUACUCCGAAGAAACCAGCAUUCUCCUUGUUGCUAGAGAAAUUGACUGUUCGUCAAGGAAUUAAUGUAAAUUAAACAGCUGAGACUUAUGACAGAUAUCAUUGGUGGACAGAUGCACAGUUUCUACCAAAUGACGACAUUGUCCUGUUUGUUAGUGGGAACAUCUUUCACCUUCACUAUCCAUUUUAUGGUAGAAUUAUGGCGGUAUCAUUAGACAAAGAUAACAACGGUGUACACUCAUUUGCAAAGUCACACAUUUCUGAGUACACAAAACUUCAUGUACAUCCUUCGGGGCGAUGUGUAGGCUACGCAUGCUUUGAACAACAAGGUUUCGAGUUUCAAAAAACAUUAGGUAUAUGUAACAUCAGCAUUCAGAAUCCCAUCGUUGUAAAGGACAAUGAAGCAAUCAUUUCCACAAGACAUGAUAUCCGUGUAGAACCCAACGCUUCAGACAGAGGUUUUAAAGAAAUAUGCCGAGUGAUUGCAUUUGCACCAGAUGGAAAACAGUUGGCGAAAAUAGUAAUGAGACAGCCUGGACGGGAGGAAGAAACAUCUUCUUGUUUUGCUAGCCGCCAUGGUGUAAGAAUCGAUGUGGAUUAUUUGAACGUUGUGUGGUCAUUGGUGGUAAAAGGAUUAGAAUCUUCUACUGUUAGAUCUGUUGAACUGAAUGACAAGUUUGUAUUUAAGUCAUUUAGGCAUGGCUUACAUCAUUAUGAAACACGCAGUAUGAAAUUGAUUGAAUGUAAGUGGACACCAGAUAGUAAACAUAUCGCUGUAUGUUGUGAAAUACAUUUGUAUAUCUUCAACGGAAGAUUAGAACAGGUGUUUGAUAUAUCGGAAGCAUUGCAAUAUGAGCGUGAGCCUAAUUGCAUGUCAAGUUUCAUUUCGCCUGUUGUAGAAAGUAAUUUUGAUCAAUACACUUAUCCUUACAGUCCUAGGGAAAUGCUAUUUGAAAUCGAUCAAAGGUUUGCCACGUGUAAAUUCGACUUCGAUCCUACGUCCUGCCACGAAUUGCUAGCAUUCGGAACAGUUGACCGUCGUGUGAGUUUUAUAAAUUCACACACCAAACAAAUGGAUGCACAAACGAUUCAGUUAUCAUCCUGUUGGAAAGAUUUUAUAGACUGUCUACAAUACCAUCCAUCCGGAAAGUAUGUGGUAGCUGGAACACGAAACUUUACAAUAUAUUUCGUAGAACCAAGAAAUGGAACUGUUCUGCAAUCUUUUGACAUGCAUACAGAAUGUCCUAAUUUGCGACAGGCUGUAGACUAUGUUCCAAGCAUCAAUCGCAUUGCUUUCUCUGCUACAGGGGAACUGUUGGCAACGGCUACCUCUGAUGCAAAAGUGAGAGUAUAUCAAAUGCCGAUAGAAAUGUCACUGUUCGACAAAUGUAAAUGGGUUAUUCUGUUUGUUGUCCCGCAGACAAAGUUGCAGGGGUUACCAUUGCCAAACCCAGUAAUCAAUAAACUCUUGGCAAUACCAAUAAGGAAAUAAGUGGACCGCUGUUACAGAUUGUUUCAGCUGCCA